CGGUGGUUUGCGGGUCUGUGCGGGAGUGACAUCAGAUCCGCUGUGAGAGACUCGGAGUUUGAGCGGCGGAGGCUCGGACUGAGGAUGCUGCUGCCGGACCGGACCGCCUCUGAGGCUUCCUGAACCCGGAAUCCCGCAGGAAUCAUCGCUCCUGCUCCGCCUCAGACCUGAGCGGCGCUCCGCUGCCUCUCUCCCGCGUUUGGAGCUCCUUCUUUGCGGGACGCGCCGUCAGGACAGCCGCGUUUCUUCAGGAAUUACGCCGAACCGAACCGAGCGGACUGCGGGCUUCGGGUCUCCUCCAUGAUGCUGACGGGCCCUGGGAGGUGCCGCCGGCGCCCGGGCGGGGCAGUCCGGUGCCUGGCGUCCGCCUGGCUGCUGGCGCUGCUGCUGGCCGGGCCGGAGGUUCGGGCUUCCUACCAGCCGCAGAGCGGGGAGUGCAAAGGCAGAGGCAAGGAGUGUUCAGAUCUGUCAGAGAAGAAGAGCGACCUGAGAGUCUGCGACAUCUCCACCUGCCGAUACGGAGGCGAAUGCAAAGACGACGGCGCGCAGCUCAAAUGCGUCUGCCAGUUCCAGUGCCACAAAAAUUACAUCCCGGUGUGCGGUUCUAAUGGAGACACCUACCAGAACGAGUGCUACCGACGGCUGGCGUCCUGCAAGCAGCAGAGAUCCAUCUCCAGAGUCCAUGACGGGCCAUGCUCCGCCGAUCCCGGUUCUGGUUCGGGAGACGCAGACGACGAUGAGGGCUCAGCCUCCGACGUCGGGAAGAAGUUCACCAAGUGCAGCACCUGUAAAUAUGGAGCCGAAUGUGAUGAAGACUCCGAAGAUGUCUGGUGCAUAUGCAACAUUGACUGCAGCGGCCACAAUGAGAACCCGGUCUGCGCUACAGACGGAAACUCGUACAACAACCCGUGCCUGGUCCGGGAGGCUUCGUGCAUGAAGCAGGAGCAGAUCGACGUCAAGCACCUGGGACGCUGCCUCGCGGAUAAAGAAAAGCUGGGGAAGAAGGACGACAGCAGCCCCUUCAAAGUCAACGUCUUAGAAACCACGGGUCUGGACCAAGGCGAGGGUUUCUACGCCGGCAUGCCGAUCCCCUGCGCCGACAGCUACGCCGGAUUCUGCGUCCAUGGGAAAUGUGAGAUCAAGUACAACAUGGCCACCUGCAGGUGUGACGCCGGAUACAAAGGCACGCAGUGCGACGAGCCGCAGGACUUCAACAUCCUGUACGUGGUUCCCAGCGGACAGAAGCUGCACUACGUCCUGAUCGCUGCCAUCAUCGGAGCCGUGCAGAUCGCCAUCAUCGUUGCCGUGGUGAUGUGCAUCACCAGGAAAUGUCCGAAAAACAACCGCGGCCGCCGGCAGAAACAAAACCUCGGCCACUUUUCCUCGGACACAAACUCCCGGAUGGUAUAGCCUCGUUUCCGGACGCUUCUCUUUGAUAAGUAUUUUUCUUAUAAGGCGGGAAUGCCGAUUUUUUUAACAGUAAGUGGGACAUUUUUUUUCUCCUGGGGGAAAAAACAAUAAAAGAAGAAUAAGAAUAUUUAUUUAAGAGGCCUUAUUUUUCCUGGUGGAUUUCAAUUUUUCUUUUCCAAGCAGCUGAAUCAACACAACCGCCUGCAUUUUGUUGAAAUCUUUUCGGUAAGCUGGCUAACGAAGCAGCGUCUGCCCCUCUGGAAUGUGAUAUUUAUUGAUUUUUACCCAUGAAAAUCUUCUCCCCGCCUGUUCAGCUCCUUCUGAUCAUCCAGCUGAUCAAAAACUUAGUUUGUUUUUAAAGUUUUGAGGCGCCGGCCAGUCCAACAGAUUCUUUUGCUCUUUGGUUUGAAAAUCUCUUUUAAGGCUUCAGUUUAACUAAGCUAAUAAUUUAUAAGGAUUGUUUUUGUUUUUUUAAAGUAAUUUUUACUGGAGGUUUUUACGUUAGCUUUGGUUCUGACUUGUAGUUCUUGUAAAUUAGCAUGACUUGUGAAAACUGUGUACUGUGGUGUAGUUUAAACUUUUUACCAGGAAAUGUUUUGGACUCCGUCUGGUUCAUCUUCGUCCCGUCGGUUCUGAACAGAGAACCUGGCGCUCGGUGUUGAAACGAUGAAUGUGGGGUUUUUGAAACGCCAGGACCUGCGGAGGACGAGUUUAUUCAUCGGCUCAGAGGCUGGAAGGUUUCCUGCGUCCUUGUUGGUAUAAACAGGGAGCUGAAGAUUAUAACCAAGGACUUUUUGACAUGGAGGAAGUCUAGGCUCUUUGAAUGUUGUGAAGAGGUUUUUUAUUAUUUUAAUUUGACAUUUUCUUCUCUGUGACACAUUCCAAGCACAUGGAAACCCACUGAGAAAUUCCCUUUGGGGAUAUGUGAAGCCCGCUCUGCCGUUCCAACGUUUCCUGCUGGUAUAAACAGGAAUAAAAACGUGUCUUUAAGAUGUUAGUGGUGUGCAGGUAACUUACUGCCUUUUAAUUUUUAUUUUAAUUAAUUUUUUUGUCGUAUUAACGUUUUGAAGUCUUGAGGCCAGUCCUUGGUUUCUGUGUCAGUAUGUCCGUAACGAUCCGAACGGGUCAGUCUGAUGUAAAUCAUUGUCCUUUUUCAUGUUGUUCCCAAUAAACAAAAGUCAGACAUGUCAGAUCAUCGUCAUGUUUUCUCCAGCGGAGAUCAUUCCUGUUCAUGUAAAUACAGAAACAACGGCUGCAGCUUUUCUUUGUGAUUAAAUGUUGAUGGUUUAUGAAUAAUUUGUUUAUCCAACUGAUUCUCAACAUGCAAAACUGAAAACAAAACAUUUAAAAUUCACUAAAUGUGGCAUCAUCAGCACCAUAGUAGAUUACAGCGGUGAGCACCGCUAACUUGUGAUUAGCGCUAAGCCUAAAGCGCUAAUCAUAACCAUUAGCACAGCUAACCUUAAACUGUUACACCAACAUGGUGUUUUUUUAUGUGUUUGUUUAUUUGACAGAGACAAGAAACACAAGAAUCAAGACAAUCUGAUGCCUGAAUCUCAGUAUUUAUAGCCACAAGCUAAUUCACAACAUCCGUCGCUAGCAGGACCUUUAACAGUUGGUUUAAAUGAAAAGUUACAAUCAACAGAAUAAAAUGAUGAAAAAAAGACAUUAAACAAACAUUUUAAAAUGACUGAAUCUAAACAAUUACAUUAAUUAAAAAUUAAUUCAAUUCUGGUUCAUCUUUAGCCAGUUCUAAAGGAAGCUAAUGCUAACGCAAUAAAUUCAACCAUGCUAAUACCAACAAUCGUGUCCUAAAAACAAGUCACAUACAUGUAUAUGUGUAUUUUUACAUGUAUUUAUUUAAUUAACACCCUGUGUUUGUUCAUGUAUUUUCUCAUUUCUUUGUAUAUUUGACGUUUGUUCAAUGAAGUUUCUUGAAAAACUACAGAGAACAUGAGAGAAAAACGAGCAUGAAUAUAAAGAUCUAACUAUUUCACAGUCAAUAAGCUGCAACACAGAUGUCAAACUUUAUUCACCUGAAAGUUUAAAAAACAGGCAAAUAAAUUAACAUUUUAGAAGUUAGUUGGUAAAAUUAAUUCAGGGGAAGCUAAGUGUGCUAACCAUUUGAAAAAUUAGCAAAGUGAAAAAUUAGCUUCACAUUAGCGGUUUAGCAAAAAUGUUCCUAUAAUUGGAAGAUUAUUUAAAUUAGUAAUUUUAAAUUAUCUAAUUUUCUGGACCAAGUAUAUAAUCAACGUACAACAAAUGUCAAACGCUACGCCUGUUAGCUUCGACUACCAGUAAAGCAAAGCCUGUUCAAAAACUAGCAAAGUGAUUUAAACAGCAUGCAAGUGAAGCAAACAUUGUUUUAUUGACAUUUAAAUUAUUAUUAUGUUCAUAUUGGGCCAUUAAUAACAGAAAAGAUAACCAUGAUUUGCUCUGUAAAUACAAAAUGGAGGUGGCGCGUCACCAAUAAUCUUCCUGUAUGAAACAAAUCCCCAGGACGAAACGUCAAACAUUUCUCCUCAGGAACUGAAGGAAAAAGAAAAGCAGUUUUAAUAAAUAAUAAAAUAAUUUUAAAUAAUAAAAUUAAUGUUUCUGCUUUUAGCUUCUUUUUUUUUUUUUUAUCCCAGUUUGUCUGACCAGAACGGCUUUAUGUGCUUCAUGUAAUCUGGUCAGAGAAACUGAAAUCUAGGUUUUCAAAUUGUUACACAUUAAUUCUUACAUAUUGUUCUCGGUAUGUAGCGACACCUGGUGGCGCUGUUUCCUAUCAAAUACCUGUCCUGUCUGUAAACACAGGUCUGCUCAGUUUUAGCAGCAGUUUGCUCCAUUAAUUACUGCUGGUGUGAAUGUGAGCCAUUUACUGUGACAACUACCAGAGUGAGUGAGAUCACUUAAAUAUGAAAACCUGUCAACAAUAUGGACAAAAAAACCUUGCAAGUGGAAACAAAACUAACAUUUAGGACCUUUUAUAUCAGCUGAAUGACUUAUUUUAGUACUUUAUAUCAGUACUUUCUGAUCGGGACUUUCUGUUUGACUUCCUAUGCAUCCUGUGCUGCCAUGAAACCUGAAACCCUUUAACAUAAACUCAGAUAGAAACAGACAGCAGGACAUGUUGGCUCCACUGCCUGUUUUAUUCAGCUUUACAGACACUCAUUUAUAUUUACUACACAAAUUAAUAUAAAACAUCCAAAAAAGCCAAACUGUGUCCGAUCAGGAAGCGUUUAUCAGUCUGUGGUCUUCAUCGGUUUUUGUGUCUCUCCGUCUUUGUAUCUUUGACCUGAAGGUUCUGUUUGUGAAGAAUUCAGACAAUAAAACUGAAUUUUCUAAGUUUGAGUCUGUGCUGAGGUCCGGAUCAUUUCUCCAGCGGUUCUGUUUUGUUUGAGUCGGGUUUUCUGGGCAUCUCCAGGUUUUUCCACCAGGUUCCUGCUUGUUGUCGGCCGUUUCUCUCAGUGUGAAUAAAGCGUGUUUGACAUGUUGACGUUGUGCAUGUAGAUUCUGAGAGGCUGUUUUAAAAUAAAACCAGUUUUUAUUCACAUCAAA